AUGCUGCCUACUGCAACUGUAUUUGGUGCAGUUGCAGCUGCCCUUGGUGUGACACCAGACACGUCAGUGAUCGUUUAUGAUGGAAUGGGUAUAUUCAGUGCUCCUAGAGUGUGGUGGAUGUUCAAGACUUUUGGCCAUGAUAGGGUGGCUGUACUGGAUGGCGGUCUUCCAGCCUGGAAGGAACAUGGCUUCCCCACAGACACUGAAGAUGUUGGCCAGGAUGCUGUGGGCCUGUCUGCCAGCACUGCCACUGCUGUGGCUGCUUCCAUGCCUGCAGAAGACGAUUACUAUCCUGCAAAGUUGAAUGUUGACCAGGUUCGGAAUUUAACUUCCAUGCUGUCCAACUUGGAGAGCGCAAAGGAGCAGGUGGUGGAUGCCAGGGGAGCAGGGCGAUUCCAAGGGACAGAGCCUGAAGUGAGGCCGGGUGCAAGGAGUGGACACAUACCUGGGAGUGUCAACCUUCCAUACACAGCUGUGUUAAACAAGGGCCGUAUGCUGCCACCUGCUGACCUUACGAAAGCGUUUACAGCUGCUGGAGUGGACCUUGAAAAGCCAGUGGUGAUGUCCUGCGGCAGCGGAGUAACAGCUUGCGUUUUAGCUCUCGCUGCCGACCAGCUGGAGGCCAGAAAGGUGUCUGUCUACGAUGGAUCUUGGUCUGAGUGGGGUGGCCGAGAUGAUACCCCAGUUGCCACAGGUGUGUGA